AUGGCGGUGAACAAAUUAGGAUCAAAGUUUAAUCUUCAAAAUCUGGAACUCUAUCACCCGAAGUUGUCAGAGAAUUAUCCCUAUGACUGCAAGAAUACAGAAUGGUUAUCAUGUGAAAAGCAAAAGAAUUCACAAAAUACACCAAAAGUUAAUAAAAGAAAAAAGCAGACACAGAUUCAUCGACAGGUCUUUCGAAAACUUGAUACUGAUAGAAAUAGUGUAGACCCUAUUGAUACUAGACGCCAUAUUAACAGCGAAUUGCUAAUCAGCGGCAAACCAAUUACGACACCAUGCCUUACUCAGACCAAGUUAACCUCCUUCUUUAAAUAUGCCUCGAACAGCUUUCCUGUUCAUGGAUCAUACGAAGGUAAUGACGAUGAGGAUAGCAGCAUGGAUCAAAUCAACAAAUGCUUGCAUACUAGUGCAACUUCGACCACUUUAAAAAAUAAUGAUAAGUUAACUGCUAACGAAAGCGAUAUUCCAAGUGACAGAUUUAGUUCUACAGAUAAUUGCAAUAAAAGUAAAAAUAUUAUGGCAAGUUAUCCCAGUGGAGAAGAGGAUGUCGAGUUUAUCAAAAAUGAUAUUAAUUUAGACAUUUUUACCGACAGUGCCCGAGUGCCGCCUGUUGGAGAUAGCAAUUUGCAGAUAUCUGAAUUGCAUUAUGAGGACGUCAAUGACUUUGUAAAAGUUACAGACCCUCCAUCACCGAUAAUAUUUACUCAAUGGACGCAAGACUCUCUUUUAGACGAAUAA